CUAAAACAGAAAAAAUUGGCAAAACCCCACCGUUUCGUUUGUCUUUCUCCAAAACAAUGCUCUCUCGUCUCCUCCCCAAACCCUCGCAUUUCCGUCUAAUUACACAUCUUUAUUCUAAAUCUCAACCCUAUCCCCAAAACCCUUACUUCUCUCCCCUUCUCAACUUUUCUCGGUUUCUCUCCACCAACAACAACGACAACAACGGCAAUAACAGCAGGGGUCAGUCUACGUCCAAUCUCUGGAACCUUUCUCGGGAAAAUGACGGAAAAUUCGACCAGAUCUUUACCGACUCGGAGAGGAAACUUGAUGCUGGCAGUAAAGAUGUUUUCAAUAAGAGUGGAGGUGAUUGGUUGACUCCGGGGCCGACGGAGGAUCAGUACAAGCCGUGGAGUUUUGUAGAGGAAGCGAAGGAUGAUGAGGUGUUCGAUAUCGGGGAGGGUGUACGGGCAGUUGAUGAAACUUUGAGUCAGAGUAGUGUAAGUGUCGAUAGUGAGAGGACUCCAGAGGAGCAGGAGAAGCUUGAGAGGGAGGAGAAAGAACUUUCUGCUAUACUCAAAGGUCCAAGUCGAGCAUUUGGUGAUCUUAUGGCAGCAUCUGGUAUCACUGACGCAAUGCUAGAUAGUUUGAUUGCUCUGAAGGAUUUGGAAGGGGUUGAGGGAUUGCCCCCUCUUAGUGAAAUAGAAGAGAUUCGUUAUGAGAAGAAUACAAGAAGAUCAACAAGAGCUGAAAUAGAACGCCAGAAACAGGAGGAAGUUGCCAAAGCAAGAGUAAGACAAGUGGAUGAUAAGGGUAGGGCUUAUGGAACAGGAAGAAGGAAAUGCAGUAUAGCCCGUGUUUGGAUUCAUCCUGGUGAAGGAAAGUUUAUAGUUAAUGAUAAAGAAUUUGAUGUCUAUUUCCCAAUGCUUGAUCACCGUGCUGCUCUUCUUCGACCUUUCUCAGAGACAAAAACCUUGGGACUUUGGGAUGUUAAUUGUACUGUUAAAGGUGGUGGUGUCUCAGGUCAAGUUGGGGCAAUUCGAUUGGGCAUCAGCAGGGCAUUGCAAAACUGGGAACCAGACUUACGUCCUGCCCUCAGAUCUGCCGGUUUCUUGACAAGAGAUCCCCGUGUGGUUGAAAGGAAAAAACCAGGGAAGGCGAAAGCAAGAAAGAGCUUUCAAUGGGUCAAGCGUUGAUCUCAAUUUAUUGGGAUUUUUGCUUUUGCAAUGCCCACCCUCUUAUGGAACUUCAAUUUUGUCACAUUGCAAUAACUUAUUGAGCUCAUUUAACUUGUAUUUUAGCUUGCAAUACAGUUUUAAAGUAGAAGUGGUGAUGAGCAGUGAAGAUUUUCUUGA